AUGACCACCGUCAUGACUCCAGUUUGCCUUUUCCUCCUCUUCCUCUCGGUGACGGCCGCUCCUUGGAGUGCAAUCGAAACAGCAACAAUACUACAGGACGGCGACAUUAUGCCAAAUAGGCAGAGGAAUGCAUUACGCUGCCGGGGUAGAACCUGCAGGUGGCCCAGGUCUGGAGACGGCAAGGUCUAUGUGCCCUAUGUCAUCUCCUCCAGUUACACCAGAGACGAGACAAUCAUCAUCGUCAAUGCCCUGAACAGCUUCAUGACUGACACCUGCGUUACCUUUGUCAUGAAGACCUGGCAAUGGGAUUACCUCGACUUCUUCCCUGGAUCUGGGUGUUGGUCCUCCCUGGGCCAUACGGGGGGUAGACAGCUCAUCUCCCUGGAGCAAGGUAGUUGCGUGUACAAGGACACGGUGCAGCACGAAGCUCUCCACGCUCUGGGCUUCCACCACGAGCAAGUCCGCUCCGACAGAGACCGAUACAUCUCCAUCCUCACCCAGAACAUCAGGCCAGGAGCUGAAAGAAACUUCCAGAAGAAAAACACUAACAACUUGGGUACUGGUUACGACUUCAACUCUAUCAUGCACUACAGCAAGUACGCCUUCUCCAAAAACGGGCAGCCAACCAUCGUCGCUAAGCGCAACCCUGACCAAGUCCUUGGAAAAGCCAAAGAGAUGAGCCAAACUGACAUCCUUCGCGUCAACAAGCUUUACGGAUGCAGUGAGUGAAGAAUUAACACUAUAUUCUGUAAAACUAAAAGGUAACACUUCAUUUUACAGGCCUGCAAAUUUAAUUGUUUAAAUUAAAGUUAAUUGAUAUGCUUUAUUUC